CGCGCGCACUCUCUCUCUCUCUUUCUCUCUCUCUCUCUGUCUCUCUCUCUCUCACACACACACUGCCUCACACACACAUUUCACACACUCUCAGUCAGCCAGAGUGUGAGCAGCUCGAGAGUGAGGAGCGCGGCAGCUCCGGUUUGGACCUUCAGCAGCCUCGACGACCACGACCACGCGCGUUUUAACCGCUAUUUACCCGAAAGAAGAAGAAAAACCAUUUCAAACUCUUUCGUUGCUCGAUAUCGAUCUAACAAGUCUGGUUUCUCUCCUCGUGGAUCUCCUCCGAGACUGAAGAGCAGCCAAACAAACUUCUCGAGCUCCAGCGGAGACGCGCGAGCGUCUUGCUUUUACGCUGGUUUCUGUGCGCCGCGCGCUCGCUUUUCGCUUUUUUUGCGUUAUCUGUGUCAGAACGUGUUGCGUUUUUCCCACAUUUUUCGCUCAGGAGGAUAAUUUCGCACAGAACUGAGCAGGAAAUACACAUUUUUUGUAGCGGUGGUGGCUCUGUCUUUAGCCUGGAGAGGGUGUUCAUAAGAGCGAGUGAGCUUUUUUUUCUUUUCUGCUCAAAAGUUAGAUUUUUCUCUCAGAGCUUCGGCGUCUGCUUAAAAAAAGAUUGUGUCUCAAUAUUUUCUUCAGGGAUUCGGGGCUUUCGUCCCAACCACACACACACACUCUCUCACACACACACACACACACACACACUCUGAGCACUCCUGUUGCUCCCCACGCGCUUCGUUCUCACGUGAAGGUUUUUUUUUUUUUUUUUAGGAGUUUUUUUUUUCUGAGGGUGAUUUUUGGGGACGUUAGCGUGUUAGCAUGCCCCAGUUAGCUGGAGGUGGUGGUGGAGGUGGAGAUCCUGAGCUUUGCGCCACAGAUGAAAUGAUCCCGUUCAAGGACGAAGGAGACCCGCAGAAAGAGCAGAUCUUCGCCGAGAUCAGCCACUCGGAGGAGGAAGGAGACCUAGCCGAGAUCAAAUCGUCUCUGGUCAACGAAACGGAGGGCAGUCCCAACAGCACCAACCACGAUGCAGCUAGACAGUCCCAAAUAACGCCAGACUCCUACCAUGACAAACACAGAGAGCACCCAGAUGAUGGGAAGCUUCAGGACCUGUACAGCAAAGGGCAUCCAUACCCAGGUUACCCCAGUUACAUCAUGAUGACCAACAUGAACAACGAACCCUACAUGAACAAUGGCUCUCUCUCGCCGCCCAUGCCCAGAACGUCAAAUAAGGUUCCCGUGGUGCAGCCGUCUCAUGCAGUUCACCCCCUCACACCCCUGAUCACCUAUAGUGACGAGCACUUCGCCCCAGGACCACACUCCGGACACCACCCGCAGGACAUCAACUCAAAACACGGUAUGCCCAGGCAUCACACUGGUCCAGAUAUUCCAAACUUCUACUCUCUCUCUCCUGGAGGAGCAGGACAGAUCACCCCACCACUGGGCUGGUUUUCUCAUCACAUGGUUCCGGGACCCCCUGGACCUCAUGCCACAGGUAUCCCCCACCCUGCCAUAGUCAACCCCCAGAUCAAGCACGAGCCUCCACAUGAGACUGACCUAAUGCAUAUGAAGCCUCAGCAUGAGCAGAGAAAGGAGCAGGAGCCCAAAAAGCCUCACAUUAAGAAGCCGCUCAACGCCUUCAUGCUGUAUAUGAAAGAGAUGAGAGCCAAUGUGGUGGCAGAGUGCACGCUGAAGGAGAGUGCCGCCAUCAACCAAAUCCUGGGCCGAAGGUGGCAUGCUUUAUCUCGGGAAGAGCAAGCUAAGUAUUAUGAAUUAGCCCGCAAGGAACGGCAGCUCCACAUGCAGUUAUACCCAGGCUGGUCUGCCAGAGACAAUUAUGGAAAGAAGAAGAAGAGGAAGAGGGAGAAGCUCCAGGAGACUGCCUCAGGUACAGGCCAGAGAAUGAAAACGGCGUACAUCUGAGCAAUGGAGGAAAACGAGCCGCUUUCUCCUCGUGCAAAGCAAAGGCAGCAGCUACGGGGCCCCUUCUGGAGAUGGAAGCCUGCUAGAUUCCAUGAACCUCUGACCCUCCGCGACCUCUUGAUCCCCGCCGACCUCUUGGAGGGCUCCAGCUCUCAGCGCGCUCCUCUGCUGUAGAGACACUGAACUGAAAACAGACAAUCACUACUCGCCAAGACACACCAACACACACACACACACACACACUUAGCCCCUUAAUAAACCAGUACACACACACAGACCCACACACCGUCGUUUGGGGUUUCUGUUUCAUUUUUUGGCUUGUUUGGUUCUUUCUUGAAAUUGCUCCCAAAGUCCAAGUUAUUGCACUGAUUGUUCCAGUAAUUUGUAAAAUGCACAUCACCACACGCGGGAAGAAAUAACCACACCCCUUCCACACCUGUCUCUAAGUUAUUUUAAGUUAUUUGGCACCCCUGGUUUCUGUAUGUACAGUCCAGUCCAGUCAGUUUAUUCCAAGCACUGUUUCACUGCCCGUCCCCACUUCCCCUGUCCACCAUCCCUACUAUGUAGCAAUUCAGGGGUCCAGACACCCUUUCAGAACUUUUUGGUUUGCAGCAUGGAGGGAUCAUGUGUUAGCUUGGAAACAUUCAUUUUUAUUUUUUGUUUGUUUUUGUUUUUUUUGUUUUUUGUUUUUUUUCUGACCAGUUGGUGCAAAAAAGGAUCAACGUUCUUAGCUUUUAUUUUAUGAGUUUUAAGUUCAUUUUUGAAUGCUUUUUUUGUAUUUUAAAGUUGUUUCAUCUCUU